ACCUCAACGAUAAUACUACCGCUUUUCAUAGUCUGAACCAAACUGAUCUAAACGUGAUCAUGGUCCAAAUUGGUCCAAACAUGCACAGAAAUUAGUGAAAUCGGUGGUCUGCGAUGAAGUUUAUAAAGUGAUUGAUAACGCGAAACUCCAAGUGUUUUGAUUAAAUAUCAAAUAUGUCUUUGGCGGACGAGCUACUGGCCGAUUUAGAGGAAAAUGAUGAUGCAGAUAAGUUUAUGGAAGAGGCAGAACCGGAGUUUAUUCCACCUGCAGUUACCAGACCGAUUGAGGAAGAUAUAAAAGUUGCUUCCGUUAGAGAAUUGGCAAAGCUUCGGGACUCACCACAAUUGCAAAAAGUCAUAUCUCUCAUAGACAGCUAUGGCAAGAUACCCAGGAAAUCAUCUGAUAUUAUUGGACCUGUUGAGUCUGAUCCAGAAUAUCAGCUUAUUGUAGAAGCAAAUAAUAUUGCUGUUGAUAUUGAUGAUGAAAUUGCUAUCAUUCAUCGGUUUACAAGGGACAAAUAUUCCAAAAGAUUUCCAGAACUGGAAUCACUGGUUGUUGGCCCUUUGGAAUAUGUGAUGACAGUUCGUGAAUUAGGAAAUGAUUUAGAUAAAGCUAAGAACAACGAAACUUUACAGCAGUUCUUGACCCAGGCUACUAUCAUGGUAGUCUCAGUAACUGCCUCCACAACUCAAGGACAACUUAUGACCGAUGAGGAAAAAGACGCCAUUUGUGAAGCUUGUGAUAUGGCUGUAGAAUUGAAUAAUUGCAAAUUGAAGAUCUUUGAAUACGUUGAAAGUAGAAUGGCUUUCAUAGCACCAAAUCUUUCCAUAAUUGUUGGAGCAUCAACAGCAGCAAAAAUUAUGGGUAUUGCUGGUGGCUUGACAAAGUUGUCCAAGAUGCCAGCCUGCAAUCUUUUAGUUCUGGGUUCUCAGAAGAAAACUUUGUCUGGAUUUUCUCAAGUAGCUGCUCUACCGCACGCGGGCUUUAUAUACUAUUCAGAAAUAGUGCAGGAUAAUCCUUUGGAUUUACGUAGAAAAGCUGCAAGGCUUGUUGCUACAAAAAGUAUGCUAGCAGCAAGAGUCGAUGCUUGUCACGAAAGUACCGAUGGUCAUAUUGGUCAAAUGCUCCGAGAUGAGAUAGAAAAGAAGUUAGAUAAGCUGCAAGAACCACCUCCUGUGAAAUUCGUCAAGCCUUUACCCAAACCGAUUGAUCCAGGCAGGAAGAAGCGCGGAGGUAAACGAGUUCGAAAAAUGAAAGAGCGUUACGCUAUUACCGAGUUCCGGAAACACGCUAAUCGCAUGAACUUUGCCGAUAUUGAAAAUGAUGCGUAUCAAGAGGACUUGGGUUACUCUCGAGGAACCAUCGGCAAAACGGGUACAGGCCGCAUAAGGUUGCCACAAAUUGACGAGAAAACGAAGGUUCGGAUAUCGAAAACUCUUCAGAAAAAUUUACAGAAGCAGCAGCAAUGGGGGGGCAGUACUACAGUGAAAAAACAAGUAUCCGGUACAGCUUCAAGUGUCGCAUUUACACCACUACAGGGUCUGGAGAUUGUGAAUCCCCAAGCAGCGGAAAAAAGAGUAAAUGAGGCGAACGCGAAGUAUUUUUCAAAUACUGCUGGUUUUUUGAAAAUAAAAAAACCGUAAUAUCCUAUCUCGUAAGUAUCCAACUAUGAAUUUAUUAUGUAUUUGUAAAAAUCAAUAAACAUCUAUUUUACAUGCGAA